AUGACGUGGCCGGGUGGAGGGGUAUUUGCUGCAUCCAAUCCGGGGCCUGGAGAGCCUGACAAGGACACAGCCAGUGCAGUUUUUGCUCUGACAGCGACAGCAGAAUCAGUCGAUGAAGCACCAGUAACGACAUCUUUUAAGGAACCAGUGGCUCCCCUCGAUUCUUCCUCCCUGUUGCCAGCACAUCUCGAGGAAAAAACGCUAGUAGCAAGCCAGAAGGGGCUCCCAGCCCCAGCCGACAGGGGACCACAGGGGGCUACCCGUAGGAGGGCCUCAAGCCCAGGCCUGUUAGUGCCUUGCUCAGCCAAGCUGAGAUCUCGCUCCAACUCCCUUAGUCCUUCUCCGAGUCGGAGGAGGCGGAGAGUCACCACCGCCAACAGCAGCGUAUGUAAGAUAAAUGUAGGACCUAAGUUUCAGGCCCCUUAUCUGCCUCCCUUCUUCCUGACUGCCGACGAGGGGGAAUCAUCACUGUCUGCCGAAGACCUGGAAGCGCCCGCCUUGGACAUCGAGGGAGAGAGCCCCAACGGACCGAGGCUGGUUUAUUCAGCAGGCGCACUGCUGCGUGUUGCUGCUGCACGGACCGCGGCGGCAGCAACAGUCCAGGAGGGAAGCACAACAGGCUGCGGAAAAAUCUGUACAGGAUUGUCUCAGGCUGCGGAUUUAGGUUCCUUCGUGGGCAGCGAAGAGGAUUUGGACCGCUACUUAGCUCAUGCAGCCGCCUCUUGGGCUCCCUCUGCGGGGUCUAAGGUCCGGGAAGGCCUUCCUUUCUCUCCAGAAUUUGCACUUCAGCUGCUGCAUGUGGCAGAUUAUAAUCCGGAGAAAGCUUUGAAUUUGCUACGUCAGCCAGGAUUUAACCUUCAGAAGGUGUGUGAGGCUCCCCUGAGGCGCUACGACAAUAAGUGGCGACCCAAAGACAGGAGAGGGCUCGUGUCGGGGGUGCCCUAUCCUCCGGCUCAAAUCUUAAAGACCUACGUUCACAGGUGGCAUCGGCAUAAGCAAGAAGGAAGUCACAGUGAGGCCCUGUACAGGGCUGGGGGAUAG